GUCCGUCCAGCAGGUGGCGGUAAAGCACCGUUCGCCGCCAUCUUGGAAGAAACUGAGGAGAAGAAGAAGAAGAAGUUGUUGUGAUUUUCUUGCUGCUAGCUCGACUCUCGAGGGAAUUUGGGGAUUUUGUGGACUCCGUUUGAAACCUAAGAGGGAUUUCCUGUUUCUCCAGAACCUUCCAGGGACAAAUACGGCUUCAUGGCUCUCAGCUGGUUCUUGAUCCACAUCCUCCUCUUCACCAGCUCCUUCGCUCACAAUGACUUCUUCACCUCCAUCGGUCACAUGACCGACCUGCUGUUCACAGAGAAGGACCUGGUCAACUCUCUGAAGGACUACAUCACAGCGGAGGAGAUAAAACUGGAGCAGAUUAAAAAGUGGGCAGACAAACUGGACGUCCUGUCUGCAGCAGCCACUCAGGACCCCGAGGGUUUCCUGGGACACCCGGUGAACGCCUUCAAGCUGAUGAAGAGACUCAACACAGAGUGGGGGGAGCUGGAGAGCCUGGUGCUUACUGAUGUGUCUGAUGGGUUCAUCUCUAACCUCACCAUCCAGAGGCAGUACUUCCCCAAUGACGAUGAUCAGGUCGGUGCCGCCAAAGCUCUGAUGAGGCUGCAGGACACCUACCAGCUGGACACCGGCACCAUCUCCACCGGACAGCUACCAGGCUCGUCCUCGUCUCACCAGAAUGUUCUGACUGUGGAAGACUGCUAUGACCUUGGGAAGGUGGCGUACUCGGAGGCAGACUACUACCACACGGAGCUGUGGAUGGUUCAGGCCCUGAAGCAGCUGGAUGAGGGAGAGAUGUCCAGCUCCGUGGAUGCCGUCACCAUACUGGACUACCUGAGCUACUCUGUCUACCAGCAGGGGGACCUGGAGAGAUCGCUGGACUUCACAAAGAGGCUGCUGGAGCUUGAUCCAACACACCAGCGAGCCAAUGGGAACCUGAAGUACUUUGAGUAUCAGCUGGCGAAACAGGAAAAGAUGGGGGCGAGCGAGGAGGCACAGACUGAGGAGACGCAGAGGAAGGGUCGACCUGACGAUUACCUGCCUGAGAGGAAGAAGUACGAACAGCUGUGUCGUGGCGAGGGCCUCAGGAUGACUCCUCGCAGGCAGAGCCGCCUCUUCUGCCGUUACUUCAGCAACAAUCGCCACCCAAAAUAUGUGAUCGGUCCUGUGAAGCAGGAAGACGAGUGGGACCACCCCCACAUCGUACGAUACCUGAACAUCGUGUCGGACAAGGAGAUGGAGAAGGUCAAAGAGUUGGCCAAACCCAGGCUGCGGCGAGCCACCAUCUCCAACCCGCUAACCGGCGUGCUGGAGACGGCCCACUACCGCAUCAGUAAGAGACGUGCGACGGUGCAUGACCCUCAGACAGGCAAACUGACCACGGCCCAUUACAGAGUCUCCAAGAGUGCUUGGCUCGGAGCAUUUGAACAUCCGGUGGUGGACAAGAUCAACCAGAGGAUCGAGGACCUCACUGGUCUAGACGUCACCACUGCCGAGGACCUGCAGGUGGCUAACUACGGUGUGGGAGGACAGUACGAGCCUCACUUUGACUUUGGACGGAAAGAUGAACCCGAUGCAUUUGAAGAGUUGGGGACAGGAAACAGAAUCGCCACCUGGCUGCUUUACAUGAGCGACGUACAGGCAGGUGGUGCCACAGUGUUUACGGACAUCGGAGCUUCUGUCUGGCCCAGAAAGGGCACGGCGGUGUUCUGGUACAACCUGUACCCCAGCGGAGAAGGAGACUAUCGGACCCGACACGCUGCCUGUCCCGUUCUAGUCGGCAACAAGUGGGUUUCCAAUAAAUGGAUCCAUGAACGAGGGCAGGAGUUCAGGAGGCGCUGUGGCCUCCAGGAGACGGACUGACGUCCACCACCCCUCCUCCUCCUCCUCCUCCUGAGGCUGCACAUGUGAUCUGACACAUUUAUUUGUGUGUGUGUGUGUGUGUGUGUGUGUGUGUGUGUGUGUGUGUGUAUUUCCACUGAUAACUCCUUUUUAAAAACCAGUAAUCAGCAUCAAAGGUUCAGAUAUUAAACUCUGUGGUUCUGUAGAAGACUGAGAAACAGAGAAUUUUAGUAUUAACAAUAUUAAUUCCUUUAAUCUACAGACUGAACCUUUAAAUUCAAACUCAAAAAAACGCAUUCUUCAGUCAGAAUGAAGUUCUAAAAACAAACCGGAUCAUUUCUGAAUCUGUUGACGUGUUUUGUUUGCUUCAGUUCCUUCAACACACUCGUUACCAACAUCAUCGAGCUAUUUUUAAACUUUAUUUACUUUCUUCUAUUUAACAUUGAUGAGCAGUAUAAUAUAUUUGUAUUAACACAUCAUGUUGUAGCAGAUAAAAGGACAUUUAAACUUUUAAAAAGAUCUUUAAUUAUGCAGAUAAUUUCUUAAAAAUACCUAAAUAUGUUGCACUGUGUUUGUUGAUCACUCAAUAAACCUUCAGCUGCACUGAGAAGAACGAAGUAUAGAAUAAACUACAGGUUCAAGUUACGUUAUUUUAUUUAUUCAUUAGAAAACCCUUAAAAAUGAAUUUAUUGAUGAUUAAUCACACGUUCAGGUUAAACCGCUGAGGUUGCACAUUUUAAUAAUAAUUAAAUAAUGAACUUAAUAAAAUAUAAAUGUCUGACCCAGAUUCUGUUCACCUGCCUGAUACUGAACACAAAAUAUCAAUAAAAUAUCAAUAGAAUAUCAAUAGCUACACCUCAAACUGAUCAAGACAGGUGUUAAGUAUUUAAUAUUAAUGUGUGAAUUUAUUCAGACUUGAAGAAGUUGAGGCUGUUUUAAAGGUUUGACCUGUGGAUAACAGAAGGUGAUCAGCUGAUCAUCACCUCCACCUGAAACAUGCUGGUGUUUACAGAGCAGCUGCUCUCCACUCUGUCCACCUGCUGUAGUUCCUGGCAAGAGUGUAAUCAGAUUACAGUCAGAUUUACAGGGUGAAGUCACUCCAACACUCGAUGUGUCGCACACACGAGGAUUACUUUACUUUACCUGUUACAUUUACCUGACAGCUUUAGUUACUUUAACACGUGAAGCAGCUACAAGAACUUUGCACAGUGAGAGCAAAGAAACAUUUCAGUCCUGUUUGUGUCUUUAAACUCGGAACAAGCUGAACAGAACACGUUUUUUUAAAGGAGCAGUCUGUAGUUUUGUGGAAGAAAUGAUUUCUGAAAACUUAGUAAAUGUGAAUGUUAUCAGCCUCGUCCUACAUUAGCCUGCUGCAGAUGUGUUUGAGCUGGAAGUUUCCGUACAAGAAGUUUUGACCCACAUCAGAUUGUUCUCUCUCAAUGUUACCAGCUUCCUAAAUGUGGCUGUUUUUUUCCAUGUAGAUUCAUUCAUUAUUUACAGACGCUGGUGAAAACGUUACCUCCUGGUGGUGGUCACGAUUCAUCAGGAAGUCACUGAGUAAUGUGAAAUAAUGGAGCAGAAUGUUUCACACGAGUGAAGUUUGAGAGUGAACUCACUGUGUGAAGCCUCUGUGUUGCACUGAAGGACUGUGGACUCAUUUCUUACAGUGUGGUGACCAUUAACUCACUCAACACACAUGUGGACAGUGAGUGUUGUUUUAACCUGACCUCCACUGAGUCACUGACCUCAGGUCAGAACACGUUCGUCUCACACAGCUUUAUGUAACGCUACACUCCUGUUUGUGUGUGAUGGAAGUGAUUGUUCUGUUCACAGAAUGUAACUGAAGAUAUCAGAGUCUGUAACAUAUGUUCACAAUAAACACAAUGUAAAGUA